UCAAGAUUAUCAGAUAACGAUAAAGAUGAUUUGUGAAUUGAUCUUAACUUCACUCUUUACCUAUAUAAGACAUACAAUUAUUUUCAAAUGGUUAUCAUUACUGAGUUCAAAAUGAAAGUAGCAGUAUUGGUUUUGGCAAUUUUUGGAUCAGCUUUUGCUGCCUCCAUUGGAAACGAUGUUGAGAUUCCUCCAUUUAGGCAUUUAGAACUUGACCCCAUACGUCCGUCAGAAGAACCAUCUCGCCGUCCACAUUUAAGAAUUAUUAAUGGAUACGAAGUUGUUCCUCAUUCAAUUAAUUAUCAAGCCUACCUUGUUGCCAGAAGUUCUUCGGGUGCUUGGUCUUGUGGAGGCUCUUUAAUCACUAACCGUUAUGUUCUGACAGCAGCUCACUGUGUUGAUGGAGCAACAAGCAUUCAGGUAACACUGGGAGCUCAUAACCUCAGAAAUGCUGCUUCUGGCCAGGUUACUGUUAGCGCAAGCACCUGGACCAUGCAUCCACGAUACAAUUCUCGAACCAUUGACAAUGAUGUUGCAGUUAUUCGGUUAGCAAGUAACGUUGGUCUUACACGCGGCAUUGGAUUGUCACGCCUUCCGAGACGGUCUGAUGUUGGUGUUAAUUUAGUUGGUCGUACCGGACGUGUCAGCGGUUGGGGCUUGACCAGUGGCUCUGGAAGCGGAUCUAAUGUUCUCUUGGCGGUUAAUAAUACCGUUAUUAGUAAUGUUGAAUGCAAUUCUCAUUAUGGAGUCGUCAGAAGAGAGGAAAUUUGUUUGUCUGGAGCUGGAGGUAGAACUUCUUGCAAUGGUGAUUCCGGCGGUCCUAUGAUAGUUGGAAACAAACAAGUAGGAAUUGUUUCUUACGGAAGUCGUGGGUGUCCAGCUGGAGCCCCAAGUGUUUACGUUAGAGUUACUAAAUUCCUCGAUUGGAUUCAAAGUAAUUCUGACUGGAGAGCUUCUUAAUUUUUUGUUUUCAAAUUAAUUCUUGUUGUAGACUAGACUAUGAUGUAAAAAAUGAUCAUGUAUGUUUGUUGAUAGAGUUGUUAAUUAAUUAAUUAAUAAA